UGCCCACAGCUUCAGAGUUCUUUCUGUCCCCAUCCUCCUCAGUUCCUCGUCACUGUUGCGUGCUCACAGUCCACAGUUGUGCGCCUCAGCAUGAGUCCUGAAGGGAGGAUGUUCCAGACCAGAGCUGUGGUCCUGAGCAGCCUCUCCCUGGCUUUCCUGCUGGGUCUCCAAGGAGCUGGGGCCAUCAAGGCAGACCACGUGUCAAUUUAUGGCAUGUUUGCACAAACCCACAGACCAUCAGGGGAAUUUUUGUUUGAGUUCGAUGAGGAUGAGCAGUUCUAUGUGGAUAAGGACAAGAAGGAGACGAUCUGGCAUCUGCCGGAGUUUGGACGAGCCUUUUCCUUUGAUGCUCAGGGUGGAUUGACCAAUAUUGCUAUAGCAACUUCAAACUUGAACAUUAUGAUCCAGAGGACCAACCAUACCCAAGAACCCAAUGAUCCUCCUGAGGUGACCGUGUUUCCCAAGGAGCCCGUGGAGCUAGGCGAGCCCAAUAUCCUCAUCUGCCACGUGGACCAGUUCUUCCCACCUGUGCUCAACGUCACAUGGCUGAAGAAUGGACAGCCAGUGACUGAAGGUGUUUCAGAGAGCAUCUUCCUGCCACGCACAGAUUACAGUUUCCACCAGUUCCACUACCUGACCUUCCUUCCCAACACCGAGGACUUCUAUGACUGCAAGGUGGAGCACUGGGGCCUGGACGAGCCGUAUCUCACACACUGGGAGCCCCAGGAGCCUGUUGAGGUGACGGAGACGACGGCGACUCUGGUCUGUGCCCUGGGCCUGGUGGUGGGCCUGGUGGGCAUCAUUGUGGGCACUGUGCUCAUCAUAAGGGCUCUGCGUUCCGGUCACAACCCCCGGGCCCAGGGACCCCUGUGACAAAAUUCCUGAAAGAAGAUUUAGGAGAAAUUUGAAUUUCAGAUGCCCUACAAGCUCUGUUCUCAACAUAAUUCUCAACUCCUGUGCUCUCUAUUCCACUGACCAACUUCCUUGAAGACCUUGCAUGUCUAUGACUGUGCUACCCUAAACUCACCUGAUGGCAUUUGAAGACUCUUCCAGUCCUUCUCUGUGACUUUAAGACAACUGGUCCUUAGUAAUAUUCCCAAUACGUAGAAGACAGUGCAUCAAAGCACUGGUGUGGAGAUCUAUCUGUUUACUCGGCUUCGUAGUUUUGGGUUUCCUCUGCAAAGCUUUUUGCUGCACCCUUCCUGAGAAUACUGAGACUAAUAAAUUUUCAGUACUUCAGAG